AUGGCGUUUUAUAUCACUGCUGCUGACGAAGGCACUAGGAAUGAUGAUAAUGUUGAUGAUAGACCUGGUGAGGAAGGUAUCGAUAAUAAUGAUCUUCCUGAUGAAAUUUUUGAAGAUGGUAACAGUAUUGAUGAUGAUGCUAACAUUGCGGCCGAUAAUGCAAUUAAUGACGAAGGUUUAGGCAAAAACGUUGGUGCCGAUAAAACUAUUGACCACAAAGUUGUCAGUGAUAAUGCUGCUUCUGAUGAUACAAUUUGUGAAGAUGAUGCUGGGGAUAUUCUUUUCAUUGAUAAUAACGUUGAUGACGAAGAUGUAGGAAAAACUGUUCUUGCUAUCGAUGACAAUGCUGCGGACGAUGGUGUUGUUAUUAUUGUUGCUACCCUUGAAACUAGUGAUGACAAAGAUGAUGUGGGGGAAACUGUUACAGCUUCCGACGAUAAUGCUAAUGACAAUGAUGUUGUUAAUGGCGUUGCUACUUUUGACACUACUGAAGAGAAGGAUGUUGGAGAAACUGGCGAUGAUAAUGCUGAUGACGAUGAUGUUGUUAUUAGUGUCGCUACCCUUGAAACUACUGAUGCCGAAGAAGUUGGAGAAACUGUUUCUGCUGCUGACGGUGAUGCUGAAGACGAGGAUGUUGAUAAUAAUUUUGCUCCCGAUGGUACUUUUGAUGAUACUUCUGAUGACGAUGAUGCUGAUCGUGAUUUCAAAAACUAA